AUGGCCAACAAAGUUUAUGACUGGAGCUCAAACCACCAGGUGGCCUCCGAAAGCGAGCUCUCUUCAGACGCCGAGUCUGAGGACUCCAUCGGCGGCAAGGAGACGAGUGGCAUUUUCGACAAGGAUUCCGACGAAGAGGAGCUCGAGCGGCUAGUCUUGGGAAAUAAUGCAGGGUUCCGAGAAAACCUAUUCAAGCAUGGACACGUUGCCGAGGGCGGGGACGACGACGUCGACCUUCCAAUGGAAGAUGUCGAUGCCGGCGGCCUGGAGGACGUUGACGACGCCGACCUCUUUAUUCUGGACACUGGCGCCGGUGGGAUCCUGCCAAAGCCGGUGACGACCACGCCAGAGACUGCCUUGGCCGACGCCCCUGUUUGGGACGACAGCGACGACGAUCGACUGGUCGUGUCUCUGGCAAGCCACUCGAGACUCCGGAGACUUCGUGCCACCGUGGAGGACGAUCUGAUCAGUGGCACCGAGUACUCGAGACGACUACGCCAGCAGUACCUGCGAGUCAAUCCGGCACCGGCGUGGGCCAAGCAGGCUGCCUCCUCCCGCCCGCACGCCGCCAAGAGACGGCGACGCUCCUCCGCGGGCUCCAGCUCCUCUGGCGGUUCCGACAGCGGCUCCGACAGCGGGUCCGACGAGGACUCGUCCGCGCAACCUCUGGAAGAGCUGCUGCGCAACGUCAAGCAACUGGCCGGCCUGGGCGGCUCCAUGAAGAAGCGCAAGCUGCGCCCCGAGGUCAUCGACAUCCAAAAGACGCGCGACAUCCCCGACCGGCACAAGACAUCGGUUGCGUGCCUCUCCUUCCACCCCGAGUACCCCGUCCUCUUGUCCGCGAGCACAGCCUCGAUUCUCUACCUGCAUCACGUCGCGCCGGAAGCCCAGCCCACCCCCAACCCGCGGCUCACCUCUGUCCAGGUGAAGCAGGUUGACGUGCGCCGGGCCGAGUUCCUCUACCCCCAGGGAGACAAGAUCUUCUUCGCCGGCCGAAGGAGGUACUUCCACCACUGGGACCUGCCGUCCGGCGUGGUGCAGAAGACGGCGCGUGUCACCGCGCACCAGCUGGAGCACAAGAGCAUGGAGCGGUUCAGGCUGAGCCCCUGCGGGCGGUACAUGGCCAUUGUGGCCUCGUCCAGGAAGGGGGGCGGCGUCAUCAACGUGCUCAGCGUCAGCUCGAUGCAGUGGAUUGCCGCCGCGAGGCUGUCGAGCCGCCAUGGCAUCGCCGACUUUGCGUGGUGGAGCACGGGAGACGGCAUGACCGUCCUGGGAAAGGACGGCUCGGUGGGCGAGUACAGCGUCGAGGCGAGGACGUUUACCGGCAUCUGGCACGAUGACGGCUGCGUGGGCGGCAUCGUCGUUGCUCUCGGAGGCCACGGCGGGCCCGCUGCGCUGGGACACGACCGAUGGGUCGCCGUGGGCUCCAACUCCGGCAUCACAAACAUCUACGACAGAAGCGCGCUCAUUGACCAGCAAACGAGUCAAGACGUCGUCGCCAUCAAGGAGCGGCCAGCUCCAACCCGGACAUUUGAGCAGCUCGUCACCCCAAUCACCGUCCUUGCCUUUUCGCCCGACGGCCAGCUGCUUGCGUUUGGCAGUCGUGAGAGAAAGGACGCGUUGAAACUCGUGCACCUGCCCAGUUGCACUGUGUACAGGAACUGGCCGACGGAACGGACGCCCCUGGGGAAAGUAUCAUGUGUAGCGUUUGGGAGAGAUAGCGACCUGUUGGCUGUCGGAAACGACUCGGGUAAAAUUAGAUUAUGGCACAUAAGGUGUUAG